AUGGACAUUUUUAGAGUGUUGACUAGGGGUGCUUCUGUAAAGAAAAAUUCUGGUUCAAAGGCCAAAGCGGCAGAUUACAGUGCCAUAAAUGACAAGGAAGCAAAUCAUAAGGAAAAGGAUAGUGAAACACAAAUCGUGAAAGAGCUUGAUUUCUUCCGGAACAAAAAAAUAAUCAGCAAGGUGGAAAAUGAGAAGGGGGAAGAAACAAAAGAAGAUGUUUCGAAUGAACGAGAUGAUGGCGGCAAUGAUGAUCAAGAUGUGUUAAAACCAACAAUUACUAAUGCAGCCGAGGCAUCUGCCUUAAGAAAAUCGUACAAAGGUAAUGUAUCGGGCGCGGAUGUACCAUUUCCAAUAGGCUCAUUUGAAGAUCUGAUUUCUAGAUUUUCAUUUGAUAAACGUUUACUAAACAAUCUGGUUGAAAACGGAUUCACUGAACCCACCCCAAUUCAAAGUGAGUGUAUUCCCAUCGCCCUAAACAACAGGGAUGUCUUGGCAUGCGGUCCAACCGGGUCCGGUAAGACAUUGGCAUUCUUAAUCCCGUUAGUUCAACAGAUCAUUGACGACAAGAACACCCCAGGGCUGAAAGGGUUGAUCAUUUCUCCUACAAAGGAAUUAGCAAAUCAAAUUUACAUCGAAUGUUUUAAACUGUCUCACAAAAUAUUCUUGGAAAAGAAAAGACCUUUGCAAAUUGCUCUGUUAUCCAAAUCUUUAAGUGCCAAAUUGAAGAACAAGGUAAUUAGUGAUAAGAAAUAUGAUAUCAUCAUUUCCACACCACUGAGACUAAUUGACGUUGUGAAGAACGAAGCUCUUGACCUUUCCAAAGUGAAGCAUUUGAUUUUUGAUGAGGCCGAUAAAUUGUUCGACAAAACAUUUGUUGAACAAAGUGAUGAUAUUCUAAGUGCUUGCAAGGAACCAGCUCUGCGCAAGGCGAUGUUUUCUGCCACGAUUCCAUCAAGCGUGGAAGAGAUCGCACAAAGCAUUAUGAUGGAUCCUGUAAGAGUUAUCAUUGGUCAUAAAGAAGCUGCAAAUACAGAUAUUGAACAAAAAUUGGUAUUCUGUGGUAAUGAAGAGGGUAAACUAAUCGCUAUCAGACAAUUGGUUCAAGAGGGUGAGUUUAAGCCGCCUAUUAUGAUUUUUCUGGAAUCUAUUACAAGAGCUAAAGCAUUAUAUCAUGAAUUGAUGUACGACAGAAUAAACGUAGACGUGAUUCAUGCGGAAAGAACAGCAUUACAAAGAGAUAGAAUUAUUGAACGAUUUAAGUCUGGUGAGUUAUGGUGUUUGAUUUGUACAGAUGUUUUAGCCYGUGGUAUCGAUUUCAAAGGUGUGAAUCUGGUCAUUAAUUAUGAUGUUCCAGGAUCUUCUCAGGCUUAUGUUCAUAGAAUUGGUAGAACAGGUAGAGGUGGACGGUCAGGUAAGGCCAUAACGCUUUAUACAAAGCAAGAUUCAGUAGCUAUCAAACCGAUAAUAAACGUCAUGAAACAAAGUGGUUGCGAAGUAUCAGAAUGGAUGGACAAGAUGGCCAAACUGACCAAAAGAGAGAAGGAAAGCAUAAAGAAUGGUAAAGCACAUACGGAAAGAAAACAGAUCACCACUGUGCCUAAGAUUGAUAGAUCCAAAAGAAGACGUCAGCAAGAAAUGAUUGCAGCAUCCAAAAGAAGAAAAAACGAAGAACUAUGA